CUGCACUCGUGUUUCUAGUCACUACCAACAUCUUAGACUGCAAGAGGCAGCGUGUUAGAGUUGCUGCUGGAAAAUGCUACGUCUGUAUCUUUCUCUGCUUAUUUGGUCCUUGUCUGAGGUUUCUCCAGUUUAUUCAGAGGUGGUAGCCCCUACUUCUCUGUGCCAACCAUCAUGGCUUCUUUUUGGAGAGAGGUGUUAUGCUUUCUUCCCCGUGUGGAGCUCCUGGAGCACUGCUAGAACUUUGUGCUCUCAGACUGGUGGGACCCUCAUGCUGCUCAACACACCAGAGGAAAAGAAAAUUAUCAAUCAGCUGACAAACACCAGCACACCUGUGUGGCUGGGUGGAUACAAGAAUGACUCUCAGCUCUGGAGCAACGACGACAACUGGACCGACCAGGCUGACGGAAAGACCAACGGGUGCAGGGCCUGUAUGCAAAUGACACCAAAAAGUAAAGUUAUUCAUUCAGGAGGCAGCCAGUGUUCU